AAUUCUCGAGGUCGGUUUCGGAUCCAUGAAACUCCCACGAAUCUCACCGGUUGUCAACCUAACACACUCGUCGCAUAUAUCCAAGUAAACCAUCUUUCAACUUGUAAAUUUUCCCCAACUUCCUUACUUGUCUUCAUACUUCAUACCCACUUUUCAGUUUUGAAUUUAUCCAUUGUUGUCUCUUUUUCUUUCCCCCACUGCAUCCUCAUUUUAUCUAAUCUUUCUUGUAAUGAACCUUCUUGAUUGUUGAGAAAGUGAAGGACAGGGAGAUCUAUGUACAGCCACUGGAAAUUCUUGGUGUUUCAUCAGUUUGAUUCAUUUCAGGAAAUUUAUGUACAGCCAUUGGAAAUUCUUGGUGUUGCAUCGGUUUGAUUCUUUUCAGAAAAAAAGUUCCCAAGGAUAACGCUUUUUUCUUCACGAGCUCUUUAUGACAAGUUAAGGAGAACCGCGUGAAGGGCUAAUAAUACAAGAACUGAUUAUCGUGAGCUUAGCUGUAUAAGCGUCGGUUCAAUCUAGGCAUAGUGCUUGUGAAGCAUUGGAUGACACAAAGAUCAAGCAUAACUGGACCAGCAAAACUUCUGUAAAAAUGGUGGCUACAUCUUGCACAAAUUUGCUGGACUUGGUGUCUGGGGACAUUUUAAAUUUCCCCCAAACACCCAGAGCUCUUUCGCGUGUUAAUACUGUUCCUGGAGUUAUUUCUGAUAUAGAUGGGAAAAAAGGUACUGAUGAUGAUGAUUCACAUGCUUCCUCAUCAGAACAUCGUCAAAAGAUAAUUAUUGUAGCAAAUUUUCUUCCCCUUAAUGCUCAAAAGGAUAAAGAUUCAGGCAGGUGGUGCUUUAGUUAUGAUGAAGAUUCAAUUUUGUGGCAGCUAAAAGAUGCUAUUUCUGUUGAUACGGAUGUUGUUUUUGUGGGAUCUUUGAAGGUUGAUGUUGAUGAAAGUGAGCAAGAGAAAGUUUCCCAAGAGUUGCUAGAUGAAUUCAAAUGCUGGCCUGCCUUCCUUCCACCGCUUAUUCAGAAUAGGUUUUAUAAUGGAUUUUGCAAGCAACAUUUGUGGCCUCUAUUUCAUUACAUGUUACCCAUGUUUCCCGAUCAAGGCAAUCGCUUUGAUAGGGUGCUUUGGCAGGCUUAUGUUGCUGCUAACAGGAUAUUUGCAAAAAGGGUUAUGGAGGUUAUGAAUCCAGAAGUUGAUUUUGUAUGGGUUCAUGAUUAUCAUCUGAUGGUUCUCCCAACAUUUCUCCGGAAAGGAUACAGUAAAGUCAAGCUAGGAUUUUUCCUCCACAGCCCUUUUCCUUCAUCAGAAAUUUACCGGACUCUGCCUGUCAGAGACGAAAUUUUGAAAGCACUCCUCAAUGCAGAUUUAAUUGGGUUUCACACAUUUGAUUAUGCUCGUCAUUUUUUAUCUUGUUGUAGUCGAAUGCUUGGCUUGGAGUAUGAAUCCAAAAGGGGCUACAUUGGGCUUGAAUACUUUGGCCGCACAAUAUACAUUAAGAUCUUGCCAGUAGGAAUUCAUAUGGCUAGGCUUCAAUCUGCCAUAAAUCACCCGUCUUCUAUUGUCAAAGUUCAAGAACUUUGUGAGCAAUUUAAGGGGAAGCAACUUAUUCUUGGUGUUGAUGAUAUGGACAUCUUUCAAGGAGUCAGUUUGAAGCUCUUGGCUAUAGAAUUACUCCUAGAGCAGAAUCCAGAACUGCAAGGUGAAUUAGUAUUAGUCCAAAUUGUAAAUCCCCUGAAAAGUUCAGGCAAAGAUGUUGAGGAAGCGAAGAAGGAGAUACAGAUUAUUGCUAACAGGAUAAAUGAAAGGUUCGGUUUGCUAAAUUAUGAACCUGUGAUCAUCAUUGAUUAUCCUGUUCCUUUUUAUGAGAAGAUAGCCUAUUAUUCUUUGGCAGAAUGUUGCAUUGUGAAUGCUGUGCGGGAUGGUAUGAAUUUAAUUCCAUACGAGUAUAUUGUCUGUAGGCAGGGGAAUACGCAAAUGGAUCAGGCCUUAGGAAUUAUUUCAGAGUUCCCUCGUACAAGUGCCCUUGUUGUUUCUGAGUUUAUAGGUUGCUCGCCAUCUCUUAGUGGGGCAUUGAGGGUUAAUCCCUGGGACAUUAGUGCUGUAGCUGAUGCAAUAAAUUUGGCCAUCAGUAUGUCUAUCAUAGAGAAACAGUUACGGCAUGAGAAGCACUAUCGGUAUGUUAGCUCUCAUGACAUGGCUUAUUGGGCUCGAAGUUUUGUACAAGAUCUAGUUCGUUCAUGUCAGGAUCACCUCUGCAAACGUUGUUGGGGUAUUGGCUUUGGACUGAGUUUCAGAAUCCUGGCCCUUUCUCCCAGUUUUAGGAAGCUGUCAAUUGGCCACUGUGUCUCUGCAUAUAAAAGGUCAAAUCAGAGAGCAAUUUUUUUGGACUAUGAUGGUACAAUUGUGUCCCAGACUUCCAUUGUUAAAAGUCCCAGUCCUGAAGUCAUGUCUUUGCUAGACAACCUUUGCAGUGACCCCAACAACAAUGUGUUUAUAGUUAGUGGUAGGGGAAGGGCUUCGUUGGGUGAGUGGUUAAAUCAAUGUGAGAACCUUGGUAUAGCAGCCGAGCACGGUUAUUUUACAAGGUGGGAUGGACAGUCAAGCUGGGAAACAAAUCAUAUAGCUACAGAUUUUGCUUGGAAAAGCAUUGUUGAACCCGUGAUGAGAUCGUAUACUGAGGCAACUGAUGGCUCUCAAAUGGAGAUCAAGGAGAGUGCCCUGGUUUGGCACCACCGUGACGCUGAUCUUGAUUUUGGAUCUUGGCAGGCCAAGGCAAUGCUGGAUCACCUUGAAAAUGUCCUUUCAAAUGACCCAGUGGUUGUUAGGAAGGGACAGUUCAUUGUUGAAGUUAAACCACAGGGAAUCACUAAAGGGCUAGUUGUAGAAGAGGUUCUGUCUAGACUGACCCAGAAAGGGAAAUCACCGGAUUUCAUUCUGUGCAUUGGGGAUGAUAGGUCUGACGAGGACAUGUUCGAGAGCAUAUCAACCAAAGUCUACGGAGGAAGCCCCUCUUCAGCACCAGAAAUCUUUGCGUGCACAGUUGGCCAGAAACCAAGCAAAGCCAGGUUCUACCUAGACGACACUGCUGAGGUGAUGAUGUUGCUUAAAAGCCUUGGCACUGCUUCAAGGCUUAAACCAGUAUGUGAUGAAGAAGGUCAUUCUGAAAGAGUAGAGGCUGGUUCUGAAACGGUUGCUUGAGAAAAUAAUGCUGGAUUUCCUCUUUGAAGUAGUGGCACAGGGUGGACAGGCAAACUUAAAGGACAUAGUUUCGGAUGAAAGUUAUGAGUUCAACUUGUUUACAGGAGUUUAGAGUGGUAGAAGUUUGAUUGGUAGGCGGGGAGGGAAAAGAAUGUAUCUGUUUGCAAUCUAGCAGUAGCCUUGAAAGAAGGGUAUCAAAUAUAUCGAGGGGGUUGAGGAAUUCUAGUUUCAUGGGACUUUGGAAAUCCUUUGUAUAGUUCGAAUUAAUUCUGCUUAUACAUUAAGGUAUUCAAC